UCUUAUAUGUUUGUGUGUAUCUAGUCAAUUUUUUGUUUUCAUUUUUUUCUAAAUGUUAUUAACAGUAUAAAGAUAUAAUAAAAAUAUUCUUAGAAAAUGGCAACAAAAGUUUUAAAUAUUCAGGAUUUUGCUGGCUAUAUAAAAUGUGGAGAGAUUCUUAAAUCCCCUUUACCAAAUAAACAAUAUCCAUUUGUUCUAAAAUGUUAUCAAUGUGAUAAAAUCAAUUUCAUUUUGGAGUCAUUCAUAAUACAUGUCCAAGAGCAUUGUAAAGGUGUUACAGCAUUAUGUGAAAAGGUUGAAAUUAAAGUUGCCACCGAUGAAGAGGAAGCGGAUGAGGAGGGUCAUUUUGAUAAUCCUUUAAUAAAAGUUGAGACCAUAAUUAUGGAAGUGGAUGACCCUCUAGUUGGCAUUAAAGAUGAAGUUAAUGAAGACAGUUCCCACGAUGGUGGAAAAUAUAACAGCAAUAACAUAGAGGACGAUGAAGACUUUGAAGAUAAUUCAUGUGACUCAGAUGAAGACUUCCAAACAGAGGAUUCUGAAACCGAUGAUGAAGAAAUAACAAGAACUAAAUCAACUAAAACAUCAACUAAUAAGAAAAGAAAAAGUGUAAUGCUACCUUCGGUUCAGCAAUUUAUUAAAUCCAAACCAAAUAUGAAAAUUUUGAUUGAACUCUAUAAAAAUAAACCAAACCUGUGGAACAAAGAUUUACCAUUUUAUCGUCUCAAAGACAAAAGACAGGCAACUCUAGAAGAAAUUACUAAAGAAUUGAAUAAUAAACUAAAUAUGACAUUAUCAUGGAAGGAGGUGUCCGAUAUUAUCGCUUACAUUUAUCUAAAACACCGAACAGAUUUCAAAAGGCUACGUCGUUACGAAGAAGAAGAAAGUCAUUCAAAAGCCAAGAACUAUGCACGUUCUUGGUUUUUUGAUGAUUUAUAUUUCUUAAGACCUCAACAAGAAAUAAAACUACAGAAAUUAGAUGCCGACUUACCCGAUUUAACAAAUGAACAAGUAAUUCAAAUUAUACAAAUAUACAGAGAAUUUCCACAUCUUUGGAACUCAAAUCUAAUUGAAUUUAUAUGUUCAAAUAAAAGACAUGCAGCUCAUAUCGAAAUGUUGAAGAGUUUAGAAAUGAAUAUGAAUAUUAAAAUUAGUAUUACUGUGUUGGAAGAAUAUCUUCGUAACAUACAUCAUUAUUUUUCGAAAGAAAAACGCCUUAGAAAAAAGAAUGCAAAAACAAAAAAACACACAGAAGAGUUCUAUGAGCAGCUGCAGUUUUUGUAUGAUCAUGAAGGGCCAUUCAACUGCACUCAAUGUAAACGGGUUUUAACGAAACCUUUAUUGUUUAAAUUCCAUAAAGCUACCCAUGACGAAACGGCCCAAUUAACUUGUUCUCAGUGCAAUAAAGAGUUUAAAACAAUUCAAUCGUAUACCGUUCAUGCUAAACGACAUUUUGAGGAUCUGGAAUUUGCUUGCAGUAUAUGCGAUAAGAAAUUCGUCGCAUAUGGAGUUCUUAGAUUACACAUGUUAACACACACUGGCGAUAGGCCAUAUUGUUGUGAAAUAUGUGGUGCCUCAUAUCGCCAAGUACAAUGUUUAAAUAGACACAGAAGACGUCAUUUAAAGCGAUAUUCUCAUAUAUGUAGUAUUUGCUCUAAAGGAUAUUAUUCCAAAAAAACAUAUGAAGAUCAUAUGAAUUCGCAUAUGAACAUAAGACAGCACAUUUGCCAAUUGUGUGGUAAGGGAUUUAUUACUAGCAAAGCAUUAAAGACCCACGCAGUCACUCAUGAGGAUGCAAGAAAUCAUGCAUGUAAAUUGUGCGGGAAAACAUUUAAGCUAAAAAUUGGUGUAUUACAACAUAUGCGAACGCAUGGCAGCAGAAUUGAAGUCGAAGAUAAAAAUUAAAAUAAAAAUAAAUAAUUUAAAG